CGUUGUGUCAGGCGGAUGUUUUUUCGGUAAACAAUACCCAUUGUGCUUGUAUAUGUCAGUUUUGGUGGUUUAAAUGUCGUUCCCACACUUCUUCCCACAUCCAAGACUGCCAAGUGGCAGAAGAUCUUCGAUGUUCGCCCGUCUUCGUCUUCGUCAACCAACUAGUAAACUAGGCUCGUCCGCCAUCAUCGUCAGUUACCACGCUAUUCUUCCGCUUCACAUCUGCUCUAUGCCUUCACCUGCCUCGGGUUAAUCUCGCCAUCGCCUCCACGGUUAUUCCCUCGACUUCAGGCGUCUCUUUUCGCUUGCUUGCUAAACGAUCUGAAAGCCGUCGGUAAACCAACUUUUUCUGUUUUAUUUACACACGAUAGAAGGGAACGGCGACGCUCUGAUUCCCGGUCCUUCACGAAACCACGGACUGAAGAUAAACGAAGGCGUACACCUUCACGCUCUCCAUCACGCAACCGCAAAACACCAAGAACAGAACCACGACGAGAUAGAUCGCGUACCCCUGUGCGUCAGUCUAACCAUAAUUCCAACUCCCGACGCAAUAACGCUACGAGACGAUCUCGUUCACGUUCUCCCCGGUCUGACAAGCGGUCUGACCACAGAAGUCCUGAACGCCGGCGUUCACCCGAACACGAACGCUCUCGUUCCUCGGACCGCAAACAAGGACAUCGUAGCCGUUCUCAUGAACGUGCGCGCUCUCGGUCUUCGGAUCGUAGGCAAGCACGCCGCAGCCGCUCCCCCAGUGCAACACCGCGAUCAGAUGUCGAACAUGAAUCAGUGCU